AUGAUGCGCGUGACCUUCUUCGCCCUGGCGACCGUCGUGGCCACGACCUUGGCGGCGCCGAGCAAGCUACCUUCGUGUGCUCAUCCCUGCGCAAAAUCGGUGUACGAUUCACUCCGUGUAAAUGCAAGUAGUUUAUCCGAGGCUCACGCGCUGCGCGGCUCGUGCUGUUGCCGUAAUCCAGACGUUCAAUUCGCUGAUAGUUGAGUCACUGCCUCCGUUACAGACGGCGAGCCAUUGUCGGGGCCGAGCAGAUUUAGACUGCCUUUGCCCUUUGGGGCCGUACCGCGACGGCCUUGUACAGUGCUACGAAACCCAGAGUGAGUGCGACUUCAAGCCUGGGAGCCAUGUAAACUUGCGGUCCGUCGGAGACACUGAUUCUGGCGCGCUCGUCACUUCUUGUACCGACGAACAGAGUGCAACGCCGCCGACAAACUCCGCGCCACGGCUUUCCAUAACACUUUGUGCUCGCCCAGCCUCGCAGGCAAAGGACAAACUAACGCCUCUGAGCCCAGUACUCCUGUGACAAAGAAGGGCGAAAGCAAAGCUCCUGGCGGUGGCCAAGGACAUGAGGGCGAAUCGACCUUCAACACCUUCAACUCGAAGAAGUCGGAAGAGCAACACAAGGUGAACAAGCUGGCGCAAGAUCCGGAGCGACGCCCGCCGCCCGAUGAGAAACACGGCGCCAACGAGCACCCCUCGAUCGGGAACUCGCAAGACGGUCCCGCUCGAUCGUCUUCGCAGACGGGGAAAUCGGUCGAGCAUGCCGAACAGACUCCUCUCGUAAACUCAACGACGCACCCUCAUCAUUCCCCAUCGCCUACUGGUCAUGAGGGCCAGCAUUCCAAGGUGGGUGAUCCGCACGAGCAUUCUUUGUCAGCACUCGAACAUAUUUAGAAGCUCACUCCACCUGAGACGCCUACCCCCCUUCGCAAGACGGACAAACAGCACCAGACGUCUGGUCAUACCUCGCCCGCUCAUCAGUCACCGCCGAUCGGGAACCCGUCCAUUAAGAAGCCACUCACGGAGGCAAAACCCACACCGAAGUCGAAGCAGAGCCACAAGACCGAGAUGCCCCCGUCAGAGACGAGAAUUCCCAACGCUCCAUCGCCGACCGGCAAGAAGGAGAACUCACCUGGGAAGGAGAAGACGAAAACUCCUGCACAGACUCACAAGAAAGCUCCUGCGCAGACUCUUGAGAAAGCUCCUGCGCAGACUUUCAAGAAAGCUCCCGCGGGGGACGGACCGACCAUUGGCAACAGCAGUACCGGCAGUUCCGACCCGACCAAGAAACCGGUUCAGGACCUUCCUGGCGGUUCAGCUCCUCAGAAUCAAUCGGUCGGCUCGAAGCCGCCGCCAACUUCAAACCCCGCCGCCGCCAACAGCGAAAGCUUGCAGACGCAGACCUCGAACAACACGAACGGAGGCCCUGGAACCACGGGAGGCCAAAGUCCGCCGCCGCCGCCCGCUUCUCGAGGUGCACCUGCCUAUAUUUUGGGCAGCUGGACCUGCCUCAUCACUCUCGGUACAGUAACCGGCGCCGCUUGGACCAUGAUCUGA